AUGUACAAAUGCUUUGUUUGCCAGUCUACUUUUGUCACCAUCCAGCAGUUGCUUCGUCAUCUCAAACUUACACAUGCCUUUUUUCCCGGCAAGAAGUUUCAUUUGUUGUGUGGCCAGAAUGAAUGCCGUCAGAGAUUUUGCACUUUUUCAGGCUUCAGGAAACAUCUCCAUUCUAAGCAUAGUCCUGAAAGUCUAGUUCAAAUUGAUAAUGAAUCUGUCACUCCUUCAGUUAUCGUAUCUGAUCAGCAAGCAAUGAGGCUACUGAAGGUAGUGUGGAAGAAGAACCAUCUACCAGACAGUUUCCUCUUUGCCGAGGGGUGCUUCAUCCCGAAGCAGGAGGACUCAUCCAGCAUCAAAGAUUUCCGCACAAUUUCACUGUUGAAUGUGGAAGGAAAGGUGUUUUUUGGAAUCAUAGCAAGGAGGCUGACCCAGUUCCUGAUUAACAACAAGUAUAUUGACACCUCUGUACAAAAAGGCGGAAUACCAGGAGUCCCCGGGUGCAUUGAGCACAACAGCGUCAUCUCUAAGAUUAUCGAGGACGCAAAGAGGAACCAGGGAGACCUAGCAGUCUUGUGGCUUGACCUAACCAAUGCUUAUGGCACAAUACCACACAAGUUAGUGGACCACACACUCAAAGCCUACCACAUCCCCCAGAAGGUACAGCUGCUUCUCGGGAGGUACUUUGGGGACUUCAAGAUGCGCUUCACCUCUGGCAGCUUCACCACAAGCUGGCAGAGGCUGGAAGUUGGGAUUGUGACCGGAUGCACGAUCUCUGUGAUCCUCUUUGCAGCUGCAAUGAACCUCAUAGUCAAGUCAGUGGAGAAGCCAAGACGAGGAGCGGUACUUUCAAGUGGCGUCCAACAGGUCCCAGUCAGGGCCUUCAUGGACGACUUGACAAUUACAGCGAGGUCAGUCCCGGAGGGCAGAUGGAUUUUGGAAGAUCUGGUCGGGCUCACUAAGGCAGUGAGAAUGGAGUUCAAACCAUCAAAAUCAAGAAGCCUGGUGCUGAAGCGAGGUCGUGUCCAAGACCGCUUCCGGUUCAAGAUCGGCGAAGACAUCAUCCCGACUGUCACAGAGAGGCCAGUAAAAAGCUUAGGACGUUGGUACAGAGCCGACCUGAACGACAAAGAAAGCAUUAAGGAGAUGCUCAACCAAGCAGAAGAGUGGCUAAAGGCCCUAGAGAGGAGUGGCCUGCCCGGCAAAUACAAGGCCUGGGGCUAUCAACACGGCAUCCUCCCAAGGCUCCUGUGGCCACUGCUCGUGUACGAGGUUCCCUUGACAACAGUGGAAGCUUUGGAAAGGAAAAUUAACAACUUCCUCAGGAGGUGGCUCUCCGUCCCCAAAGCGUUUUGCUCCAUCGGCCUCUACAGCACCGGAAGCAAGCUGCAGUUGCCAAUCACAUCAGUUGUGGAGGAGUUCAAGACAGCUAAAGUCCGGUUGGCCAUGAUGUUGCGAGACAGCAACGAUCAGGCUGUGCGGCAGGCAAACAUCACGGUCAAGACAGGACGGAAAUGGCAGGCCAGCGGAGCCCUGAGGGAAGCGGAGGAGCGCCUACAACAUGCAGACGUCGUGGGCACGGUGACCCAGGGGAGGCUGGGUCUCGGUGUCAUCACCCGAGCAAGCUGGAAGGAGGCAAAGGUGAAGGAACGGAGAGGGAUGGUGCAGAAGGAGAUUCGGGCAGUGGAGGAAGAGGAUAGACAAGCCAAGGCAGUAGCCAUGAGACAGCAGGGCAGAUGGACCCGGUGGGACGGUGUCCGGGGAAGAUCGCUCGGUUGGAAGGACAUCUGGAGUAUGGAGGGGCACCGGAUAAAGUUCCUCCUGAGCUCUGUCUACGAUGUACUCCCAACACCAACAAACCUCCAAAGAUGGAGAUUGUCAGAGGAUCCCUUCUGUGCGCAGUGCAAGAGACCAGCAAACCUGGAGCACAUCCUGUCAUCCUGCCGAGCAGGCCUGACUGAGGGGAGGUUCAGGUGGCGCCAUGAUCAGGUGCUGGCGCAACUCGCCGAUGGUCUGGAAAAGGAGAGGAAGCGAAAAGGAACAAAGGCCCAAGACAAAGGCCCCCGCUUCAUCAGUUUUCUCAGGCCUGGCGAGAAGGCAGGCAAGGAGGACAGAUGUGCAGGGAUCCUUGGUACGGCAAAGGACUGGGAGAUGAGAGUUGACCUGGGAAGGAAACUCAAAUUCCCAGAGGAGAUCGCCGUCACCAGCCUCCGACCGGAUAUCGUGCUCUGGUCUCAGAUAACAAAGCAGGUGGCCCUAAUUGAGUUAACGGUACCCUGGGAGGAAAGGAUCGAGGAGGCACACGAGCGUAAGCUGGGGAAAUACCAGGAUCUCAUUUCCGAGAGCCAGCAGAGGGGGUGGAGAGCCUGGAAUCUACCAGUCGAGGUUGGCUGCAGGGGCUUCCCUGGACAGUCACUUUGGAGAACACUGGGGAUGCUCGGCCUCACAGGGGCAACCCGUAAGAACCUGGUGAACAACAUCUCAAAGCAGGCAGAGUCAGCAUCCAGAUGGCUGUGGCUAAAGAGGAACGAUCAGUGGCUGAACCAGGCUGGCAGAGAGGGGUGUCAGAGCUGA